AUGACAGCGCUCAACAACAAUGUGUCUGUUUCCGGGAGGAGAGGCCACACGGUUUCAUCAGAUUCUCAAGGAGCUCUUAUAACCCCAAAAACAUUAAGAGUGGGCACCCUAGAGUUAGUGCAGAGGAGACCUGAUAAGGAGGACAUCCUGUACUUUUCGUCUAGGACCACAAGCUUGAUUACACAUCCUUGCAAGAGAAACUUAGCUGUAUAUCUAGGAGCACGAGUUUUUUUCACUACAGAUAGCUUUGGCAGUAGUCUCCUUCCAUUUACCAUCCCUACGUCAAUGCAGGUUGGCGUGCCCGCAGUAACAUCAGCACAUUUUGCCGGUCCAGUAUUGCUGUUCGUAAUAAACCAAAAAGUCUAUAUUUAUGAUUAUCAGACCAAUUCCUGGAACGCAGCUAUAGGCAUAGAACACCCCAUUUCACACAUUUCUGGUGAUAAUUGUUGUUACAGUCAAAAUUCCUUUUGUUUGGAUAUAGGUGAUUCGAUUUUUGCAUAUUUGUAUGGAGAGAUGGUAUCUCAGGCUAAUAUAUACUACUCAAAAACCUUUGGAUACAGCUUUCAGAAGUUUGCCUUUUACCGUCAGGAAGAAUUAGUCGGUUCUUUGGGUGGGAUCUUCUUCUUCCACUCUUUGUCACAGGUCGGGCUGCUUGUCCUUGACGGAACAACAGCCAAGUUCGUGUACUCAGACCACCCCCUCAGCAGAAGCUUUGGGCUGCCCUUUGACUACGUAGGAACCCUGGAUGUCCUCAUCACUCCUGGUCAGAAAGGCAUUUUGAUCCUCUGGUCUGAUAACAACCUGCUGAUCUCCCCGAAUGCAGGUCAGCUCAUCAACACUGUCAUGGUGAACUUCAGACCCUACAAGUUUUUUUCUUCCAUCCUUGAAGCCAACCUCACCCUCCACAGCAUCGCCACCAAUGAAAACGAGUUGGCAAUUUUAGCUCGGAAUGACAGCGUGUAUUACGGCAGUCUGUCAACCCUGUCAAGUUCUGUAAUCAGACUUUCAAACCAAAGAGUCUGGUCCCAGGAGGCAGCCCUGAUGUUCACACACCUGGGAGAACUUGAAAUACUAACCCCACUGCCCGACGUAAAUUUUCCAGCUUUUGACUUCCUGCGGUGCCCCAUAAAUAUUCAGGAGAUUCUCAUGAAUCCUGAUCUGGAGAUUGAAGCUUGCAAAGUACAACGUCUGCAUGGGUUUUUUGGAAACAAAAUGUAUACCAUUGAUAUGAACAGUGAGUUGACACUGACCGCUUUUAUGGUACCUCGACUGGGCAAUUCACCAAUUCCACUAGUGACGGUGAGCAACCCGCACUCCCUGGGGCUGCAGGCGACCAUCGAGGAGCAAGGCUACACUUUGGACGGGAACAGCAAGUAUCAACUGAACAUUUACCUGAAGCAACAGCACCACUCCGGCAGGGCUGACCCCAACUUCACCUCCAGCAUAAAGCGACCCACAAUGUCUACCGUCACUCUAGACAUAGCCAACAAAGAAAUCUCCUGCAUCGACCUCAAGCCACUGACGGCGCUCGUUUCAGUUGGGUGUGACCUGGAAAAGAAGAUCAUCGUUCAGAACGACCUCUCUGCCUGCUCCAAAGGCAUCCUGGACCCCGUGACCCUGCAGGACAAUUACUACUACAUCAUCGAGAAGGAAGCCUACGAUCCCAACUUCCUGGGCCAGAAGGCCACCGAGGACCUGAAGGUGCUGUACCAAUACAAUAAGCUGGGCUGCCCUAGCCUUGUCUACUACGACACCCCGUGGAAGCCCGUGGUGGAGCUGUGGAGACGUGGAAAGUUCCAGGAGGUGGUCAACGCCCAGUAUGUCUUGCUGGAGGUGAACGGGCUGUUCACGUACACAUACUCCCUGACGGCCGGCACUGCACUCUGCAAAUCACAGCCACAGAACUGGACCACCAUCAUGGCGGAUGCUGGCUAUCACAGGCCCUUCUCCUGGGACAGAGAGAACUAUGUGAGCUGCCACAAGCCCAACGGUGGCUCCCUUCUGAGGUGGCCAGAUGUCCCAUAUCAGAUCAUGGGCGGCCCAACAAACAACAAGAUCAUUUUUGAGCAGAGGAAUGGAAUCUACGUCUUCCUGCUUUCCAUCGUGGACCCCUACUACAGCUACUGCCACCUGGAGACCACCUUCAGCAUCUACGUGUACGGGGACUUCCCACCCAGCAUCAUCCCCAUCGAGCUCACCAUCAUCCUGCUCACAAUGGGCAUGCUGCUCACCCUGUGGCUGGUCUACGCCAUCCCCAAAUGUCACGCACCGAGAUGA